GGGGUCAGUCUGAGCCUCCGGCACCGGCCAGCGCAGCUGGAGGCGGCGGAGCGGAAGUUUCAGUCAUGGCCGCAAUCCGAAAGAAGCUCGUGAUCGUGGGCGAUGGUGCCUGUGGGAAGACCUGCCUGCUCAUUGUCUUCAGCAAGGAUCAGUUCCCAGAGGUCUACGUCCCUACUGUCUUUGAGAACUACAUCGCAGACAUCGAGGUCGAUGGCAAGCAGGUGGAGCUGGCUCUGUGGGACACAGCAGGACAAGAAGACUACGAUCGCCUGCGGCCUCUCUCCUACCCGGACACCGAUGUCAUCCUCAUGUGUUUCUCCAUUGACAGUCCUGACAGCCUUGAAAACAUUCCUGAAAAGUGGACCCCGGAGGUGAAGCACUUUUGUCCCAACGUGCCCAUCAUCCUAGUGGGGAAUAAAAAGGACCUGAGGCAAGACGAGCAUACCAGGAGAGAGCUGGCCAAGAUGAAACAGGAGCCUGUUCGAUCUGAGGAAGGCCGGGACAUGGCAAACAGGAUCAGUGCCUUCGGCUACCUUGAGUGCUCAGCCAAGACUAAGGAAGGGGUGCGGGAGGUAUUUGAGAUGGCCACUCGGGCUGGCCUACAGGUCCGAAAGAAUAAGCGCCGGAGGGGCUGUCCCAUUCUCUGAGUUCCUCAAAAUCUCAAUUGCCCCUCCCGCCCCCGCCACUCCAUCCUUGUAGGACUCCAUGCUGCCAGUUUCUUUUUUGGUUUCUUCCUGCCCAGGACUGCAUGAGUUUUCCCAGCCCCAAGUUGGAGCUGGUAGGCCCUUCCUCCCUGCCUCUGGGAACCAGGCUGGUGCCCUGCCCUUCCUGAGCAGAGCCCCUCCUCCUGCUGCAUUGGUCCAGGGGUGGGGCUCUUAGUCCCUUUGGCCUUCCCCAUAUCACACACCAGCACUUUAUAUAUUUCUGACUCACAGGAGGAGUCUAGGGUAAGGACUGGGAUUUCUGCUUUGGGUAAUAGCUUAACUUGGUGGGAAGGCAGGACACGAAUAAAGGUCAAAGGUUGCACCAUG